CUAGAACUCCGCCACUCUCCUCCUGUUCGGUGCAGGGAAGUGUGCCACAUCGGGACCAGAACCGGGCCAGCCUUCCCCUGGGAAUCCGUGCCAAGAUGUUUAAGUGGCCGAGCCCCGAGUUGCAGGGAAACAUCCCAGAAGAGAACUACUGCCAGAAACACCUGGAACUGCUACUGCUGUUCUGCGAGGAUGACCAGGUCACCCUGUGUGGCCAGUGUUUGUUGUCCGAGGACCAUAAGAAUCACACGGUGUAUGGAAUAAAGGAGGCUGCUGAGAAUUACAGGAAGUUAUUCCGGGACUUGGUGUACGCAUUGAAGGAGAAACUUGAAGCUACUAAAGUCCUGGUGACUGAGGAACAGGAAAAAAUGGUGAUUAUUCAGGGAGAGGAGCGGGACUUCAGAGAAGUGAUCGAGGCUGAAUAUAAGAUGAUAUUCCGGUUGAUGACUGAAGAGAGUGACUCAAACCUGCAAGGGCCGACGUUCAACCUGAACUUCAGAAAAGCCACUCCGACUCAAAAGAUGGCGUUUGUCGCAGAGCUAGAGGGCAAGUUCCAGGAAACAUUACGGAGACUGAGCGACCUGGGGAAGGAGAACAUGAGGAAGCUGCAGGAGAGUGAGCUCAGGCUCUACGAGCUGAUCUACGGCUUCCACGUGACCAUCAUAGAGCUGGAGAGGAGGUGUAAGGAACCUCCCAUAUAUUUGCUCAAGAAUGCACGAGAGUGUUUCAAACUGAAUAGCGAGUCCGUGCUGCUUCAGACCCUAGAGCCUGCCGAGAUCACGGACCCGAGGCUGUGCCAGAUACCAGGAGUGAGGAAGAUACUGGAAGGACUUCAAAGACCCAUAACUCUGGACCCCACAACCGCUCACUCCUGCCUUCUCUUAUCCGCGGAUCUGAGAAGUGUCAGGUUCAGGGGCGUCCAGCAGAGCGUGCGCGGCCGCCCGGAGAGACUCGACUACAGCGCCUCGGUGCUGGGCGCCGAGAUCUUCGCCUCGGGGAGGCACUACUGGGAGGUGGACGUGGAGAAGGCCACGGCCUGGCAGUUGGGUGUGUACGAAGACACCGCCCACGGACCGGACGGCAUGUUCCAAGUGUCCGGAGAGAAAUACCUGCUCACGGCGUCCAUGAUGGGAACCGAGUACACCUUCUGGGCCUUCCCCCCUCUCAAAAGGGUUUUCUCGGGAGAGCGCGUGCACAAGGUCGGCGUUUUCGUAGACCACAAGUACGGGCAGAUAGCGUUCUAUGAUGUGACCAAGGGGCUCCUCAUCUAUAAUUUCUCCCGUCUUGUCUUCCACGGAGCUGUCAGGCCUUUGUUUUCUCUCUGUUUCCCAAACGGAGGCAAAGAUACAGACACCCUGACCAUCUGCCUCCCGGAGGCCGAUUCUUGUGCUGGUGCCGUUGGCCCUCAGCCCUCAGCCCUCCAGGUGUGAAACCUAAAACCACGAGAUGCUCAAAAGUCAAGGGCCUGACUUUGCAAAAGAGUUUUUAUUAAGUAAUCCAAUAAAAAGAUUUCUUGCAGUGAGCUGGAACUCCGUUCCAUACCUCCAGGGCCCUUGCAUUGGCGUGGCUUUCCACGCCUAUUUGGUGUAAGAGAGGCUACCUUUAAGCUGAGCCUUAACUGAAGUACCCCGAGCUAAUUAGAACAGCAAAUGCAUGAGCAGCAUAAGAUUGGGAAGUCAGGGAAGAAACAUAGUCUGGCAUCCUUAGGAUUAGGGUUAAGACUUGAGAGAUUUCUGAAAACAGAAUUAGGUAUAAUCAGGACUUCAGAUUUGAAGAUAUCGUAGCUACGUGUGGAGUGCAGACACCCUAUCGCUGGUGCUAUUACUGGCAGUAUCAAGACUUCGUAACAUUUAUCACUCCAAGUGGAGAACAACUUAAUUUCCCUAAAUAUUUUAUCAGGUGAAAAGGGAGGUGUUGCUAAAAAAUGUGAAUAUUUAAAAAAUAAAUAUUCUCCUUUUUGUAGUUCUUAAAAGAAGCCUUGAUACUUUGAAACACAUUAAGUAAUGCUGCCUUGUAAUGCUCCCGUCUUUCUCUGUUUGACAGUCCACUGAGAGACGUUUUUUUGUACGGCCUUGUCUGGGGUAGUCGUACGGUUCUGAGAAGUGGGUGACAACAUAUUUAUGGGGGGGGGCUUUUAUGUGAAAGGCUUAUCAACUUUAUAUCCCUUACUAUUUUUAUCAACCUUUAUGUAUCUGUUAAUAUUAUUCAGAUGCACAAACUGAGGCUCAGCAUUGAUUUUAUUAAAGUUACGUAGCUGUUAAGUGUGUAGUAAGUAACAAGGAUAAUGAAUUGUAAUGAAUUAAAUCUGGAUCAACCUACCAAAAAGCAAGCUCCGUCUUGAAUCCUGUCACAUAGGAACCUAUUGUGUAAGUGUGACCUGUUAGGACAGCGGUCCAUUUUUAUUCGCCUUUCCUGAAAAUGCAAGCCAGUUUCUAGAGGAAGGGGAGGAAGUAUAUGAGUUACACCUCUCUCUCGAGGUAUUCUCUCUAUGGACUAGGGAGUCUCUGUUCUUCAGGAUGGGCAAAAUAAAAGGAACAAAAGGCAAAUAUAAGAAAAUAGCUUCUGUUGGGAUGUGGGUAGGGAUAGUUUUAUUUACUUCUGUUCGGGGGAAACAUUUUUAAUUGACCAUUUGAAAUUCUCAAAAUUUUCCUUUUAGACAUCAUGUGGAUAGUUUGUGUGUGUGAAGCAGUAGCUUAGAAAGAGUCUUUGCACACCUCACACGCAAUCACGGGAAGUGGGGGGGAAUGGAGCCCUCAUCUCAGAAGUGGGUGCUGGGUGCGGUGAAGGGCUUAGAAGUGAGAUCACCCCUUGGAGCACGGAGAUGAGAAACUCAAAGCGACGGCCCUCAGACCCCUUCCCGACUUCCAGUUUCUGAGGGAAAAGGAAAAGGUGAUGAUUUAUUGUAUAGAGAAGUGUGAGAACUUGUAAUAAUUGUCACAUGUCUGUAUUGUCACUGAGGACAUCGUCUAACAAACACUCAAGUUUUCUACAAAACCGUGCCUGCAUUUGACUUCAGUGGUUACCAUUUGAUGAGAACCUGCACUGUGAUGUUGUUACAUGUUAACUCAGCGACUUAUGUGGUAGAAAAAAACGCUCCCCAAAGGUGGUGGUUUUAUUUUGUCCUGCGAAGUAUUAACCAGUUUUGUAUCUGACCUAAGCAAUCUUAUUUUAGCAUUCUUUUAUUGUCCUGAUGAUCUGCGUAACCUGCUUGGCGUUCCUUGUGGAACCAAUUUUACUCUCUGCUUGGAUCCCUAAUUAAUCACUGAGCUGAAUAAAAUCUUUGACACGUAUCCA